AUGGCAGAACCAGACCGCAAAAGACCUCGAAGGAACGGGGACAGAUCGAAGUUAGACGCCGCACCCAAGGAGAAGUUGGUCGAACAGGUCAAUGCUUUAUCCGGCCUGGAAUUCUUUACCAAGUAUGGAACUUCAGGAGCGGAAGGUACCUCACUAGCACCAUGCAAACCUGUCAAGUGGACUGCGGCAGAUAUUCCAUCUCAGGUGUUGGAACAAUGCCUGAGUCUAAUCGAGUCAACCAGCAAAGAAGACUAUGAAAACUCCGAAAUCAAAUGGUCUGCCUCGAAGAAGCGGAAGGAAAUGAAAUUGCCAGACAUGAAGUACAUAGUCCUCUUGGACGAGAAGAGUGAUGUCGCCGGCUUCAUCUCUUUAAUGGUCACCUACGAAGAUGGAUACGAGGUGCUCUACAUAUACGAAAUACACUUCAAGGCCGAAUGGCAGGGCAAGGGCGUGGGUCGAAAGUUGAUGAGCGCCGUCGAAAGCAUAGGCCGAAACGUGGGACUCGUUAAGGUCAUGCUGACGGUAUUCAAGGCCAACUCCCGAGCUGUGCGGUGGUACACCAAACUGGGCUACGUCGAAGAUGAGUUUUCUCCUGGGCCGAGAAAGCUCAGAAACGGUACUGUCAAAGAGCCGAACUACAUCAUACUUUCAAAAACACUGAAGGGUUGA